GCGCGAGAAAAAGGAGAUCGUUUCCUCAUGGAUUAUGCUCAUUUAAUGAUGAAACUAUCAACGGGAAGACUGAUCUGCAAUCGGGGCUGAUCGUCCCCUCCGUGUGGAUUGAGAUGGAUCCAUCUCCGAGCUCCCCACCGUGGACAAUGAUCACGUUUGGAAUCGCCUGACCUGGUUUGUACCAAUGUUUUGAUCCCCGCGCACGCUCGGAUUUACAUUACAACGUUACAUCCGCUGGGGCUUCUCUCUGAAUACGCCCAUUCCUCUGGCCGACACAUCCCGAGUCGAUUAUCUGGACCUCUUGUGAGGUUAUACGCCGGCUCGUCUCGGCAAGACUCGUGCGGGAUCCGGUUUGUCAGCCCUGCUCGGUGUUUAUACCGAUGUAGGAUUCCGACAUGCGCAGCGCUGACGACCCCAACGGCGGACGAGUAUGACUACAACAGCGAAUUGGGUGGCUAACGGGGCAAGCCUUGAGGACUGCCACUCCAACAUCUUCUCUCUGGCAGAGCUGACGGGCAUUAAAUGGCGUUGCUACAGCUUCCGUGGCAGCGGGGAGUACGGGCCGGUGAUCUCUGCCCCGGCCCAGGACGACCCGGUUCUUCGCAGCUUCAUGCGCUGCGUGCAGGCCAACCUGCUGUGCGUGUGGCGCCGCAAAAUCAAGCCCGACGCCAAGGAGCUGUGGAUCUUCUGGUGGGGCGAGGAGCCCAACCUCGCCGAUGUCAUUCACCGCGAGCUGGAAGUGGCUGAGGAGGGUCUUUGGGAGUGCGGGCUGUCCUAUGAGUGCAGGACUCUCUUAUUCAAGGCCAUACACAACCUGCUGGAAAGAUGUUUGAUGGAUAAGGGCUUCGUGAGGAUCGGGAAGUGGUUCUUCAAGCCACACGAACUGCAAGAAAGGUUGUUGGGCAACAGUGAACACCUUUCGUGCUCCUUCUCCUUCUUCCUCCAUGGGGAGAGCAACGUGUGCACGAGUGUGGAGAUCGCCCAGCACCAGCCUGCACACCACAUCACAGAGCACCACAUCUGCCUCGCACAGACCUCCAUCACACCAGUGCAAGUUAUCCUGAGUCCGUACGGUCUGAGCGGCACUCUCACGGGUCAGGCCUACAAGAUGAGUGACCCGGCGGUACGGAAGCUGAUGGAGGAGUGGAGCUACUUCUACCCCGUGGUACUUCCGCAGAAAGAGGGAAGUGGAGAAAAGGAAAAAGAAGAAGAAGCAAGCCAGGCCUAUGAUCGCCACUGUCACGCGGCAGUGGAGGUCAUCGUGGGUGGAGUCAGGAUGACCUACCCAGCUGCUUUAGUGCUGAUUGCCCAGGGGGACCUCCCAUUGGAGCAGCCUCCACCUGUUCCUGCAGCUCAAGGCCUCAGCAGGGAGCCGAACCACUGCAGCGUGCCGCUCACACCGCCCACGUCACCGCAGCAGCCCUGCUCAGCGGACAGCGGCUUCGUGACCUCCAUCUCCAGUGUCCCCACACCAGACAACAGCAUGGGGCUCGCCAGCAUCAGCCCAAAGCAUUCUGGGAAGAAGCUAACCUGUCAGGUAGUCCAUCAGGCCUGGAGGGAAUGCUAUCUCAACCAGCCUCAGCACGAAUUGAAUCCGCCAACUGACGUGUCGCUUAAGAAAGAAGUGCCUAAUGGAGUAACCACGUGGGACUUCAGCGACCUGGGAGCGAGGGCGUCCUGCAGCUGCUCCAGGUUGAAGCAGCAUAAGAUGAAUCUGACCACGACCUCCACUGCCAACCCCCAGACUAGUGCCAACCCCACUCAGUCCUCUGGCCCAUCAUUAUACCCCCUCUCCCUGCCCAAACACAAGACCAGUGACAAGGCAGACAAGGCCGACAAACAGUCCAAGAGGCCAGCGAUGAUCCCCUUCCACCACCGUCUCUCUGUCAAUCAGGAGACCCCUCUGGAACAAGACUCACCAGGAGGGCCUCAGCUUGGGGGUCUUGGGGGUCUGGAGACAUCCAUGGAGCCUAUGGCGACUUUGCCAAGCUGCAAGUAUCCCAAAUCCCUCUCCAAUGGCAGAAAAGCCCCUGAGUCCCUUCUCCAUUCGCCAAUGUCUCCACUUCCGCCCACACUCAGCCCACACCCCCGGAUGCAGGACCAAGAGGUCCUGGACGGGCCUAUGGAUAUGCCUGUCUGUCAGGAUGGGGCUUUAGGGCUGGGGUUGAUUCCCAGCGAGACUGCAGUGUAUACAGCUGUGCUGAGGCAGAGGGAGAAUGGGGCCGGCUGGUGGAGAGGCUUCAGGACUCCAAGGACUGAUAAGACUGACUACAGACCCUGUGAACUCCCCACUGAUAAAUUAGAAGAAGUGAGGACAGAGACAGCUACUGAAGGAGCUCUGCUAAAAAGACUAUAUACACAGACUCACAAGAGAUUUAAGAUCUCAGAGGAGCGGGUGAGGGACCACAUCCACACGUUGGGCCUGUUCCAGCAGCCGGGUGUGGAGGCACUGCGGGAGCCGGGGGAGGAUCCCUACGACUUUAAGGAAGGAGACAUCGAGUACACGUUCUCCUCUUCGAAGAGGUUAAAGGGUCAAGGACGAGAACCCAACAAGAAGGGCAAGGGAGAAGAAAUCACCAGCAAUGGGGCACUGCCCGAUGGGAAUGAUGCUAUGUCCAUUUUUAACUCGGCUCCAAAAUCAGAUGAAUCGAGUCAAGAUGACGGAGCUGCCAAAGCCAACCCUUCUCUGACCAGAGAAAAAGAUCUGGUGGUCAACAUCUCUGACCUAGACAACAUAUUUGAUGAAGAUGAGGAAGAGCUGGGGCACUCAACCAAGCUCCCAGUAUCAACAGAAGAUCGUCCUCUGGGGAAAGAAGGGAGAGUUGCUGUACCGUAUCCAUCAACAGUAGCAGACCUCCAGAGGAUGUUUCCCACGCCUCCUUCCUUAGAGCAACACCCGGCCUUCUCUCCCAUCACAACCUAUCGUGACACUCCAAGCCAAGAGCCCCCUGCACCCAGCGGAGUGGCUGACCACCUGCUGCCUUUGGCCUCCGCCCACUUCACUGAGUACAGGAUGGAGAUUGAGGAGGGCAUGGACAGUCCCAGGCAGGAUGAUUUCAAGCCCCAAAUCGGCUCCUCCAUGUUUGCUCCACUCUCCUGCUUACCCAGCCGGGCUCUACCACAACUCAAGAUUACCGAGCAAUGCUACUAUCGUCCAUCCUGGGCCCUCUUGCCCAAAAUGGAGCAUUUUCCGGUCAUGCAUUCCCAGAAUACCACUUUCAUCAGAGAUGGAUACACAAACAUGCCAAGUGUCACCAACCUCUCCGACCAGGAGUACGGCCAGAUGAGCGGCACCACUGCCUCUGUGAGCACCUCCGUUGGCAUCCUCCAAUCUCCUGCCACUCCCCGUUUCUCCGUGCCCACUCCACGAACCCCUCGUACACCAAGGGGGAUUAACGCCGCGAGCUCUGGGCAGGGGUCGGUAAAGCAGGAUGGUACAGAGCUCAGCUCACCGGUGUCCACGCCCUCCACCAGCCUGCCUCUCAGCUCUGUCGAUCCCCUGGCUCGGCCAGGGCCCUCCCUUCCCGAGGCCCACAGCCUGUACGCUAUCCUCCUGCUCUCCGACUCCGUUCUCAACGUCUUCAAGGAUCGCAACUUUGACAGCUGCUGUAUCUGUGCCUGCAAUAUGAAUGUCAAAGGAGCAGAUGUGGGGGUGUAUAUCCCCGAUUCCACUUGUGAAGAUCAGUACCGCUGUAUGUGUGGCUUCAGUGCCAUUGUGAACAGGCGGCUGGCCCACGGCACGGGCCUCUUCCUGGAGGAUGAGCUGGAUAUUUAUGGCCGGACUUCUGAGGUAGGCCGGGCGGCCGAAAGGAGGCUGGCUCUUUGCCGGCGGGACCCAACUAUGGGUGACCCCAGGGCCAAGCGUGCGCAGGACACAGCCCCCGCCUCUCCGCUAGUCAUGAUCCUCCUGCAGGAGCACUGUUCCCAGCCGAUUUCCUCGCUGGCAUCCCUGCAUUUCCCCCUCAGCUGUUCCUGCCAUGGCCGCAAGGGAGCACUGCUCCAAAGCUGGAUGUCUGAAAAGCAGUGGGCAGAUGGUAGUGAUGCCUGUGUGGACUGCUUCAAUGCCUUUGAGCAGGGGUUGCAGUAUGUGGAUAACCCCACAGGAGGGAAAGUAGAUGCAGCUGUUGUCAGAAGUACAGCUCUUCACUCCUGGCCUCAUACAAAUGUGGUGGACAUGAACAUGUUGUCGUCCCAGGACAUGGUUCGUAUGCUGCUUUCUCUGCAGCCUUUCUUGCAGGACGCAAUCCAGAAGAAGAGAUCAGGACGGACCUGGGAAAACAUCCAGCAUGUUCAGGGCCCUCUCACCUGGCAGCAGUUCCAUAAGAUGGCCGGCAGAGGCUCCUACGGCUCUGAGGAGUCACCAGAGCCCUUGCCCAUCCCAAAAGUGUUACUGGGCUAUGACAGGGACAGGGACUUCUUGGCAUUGUCCCCCUUGGCGUUACCUUUCUGGGAGAAGUUGCUGCUGGAGCCGUACGGGGGGCAGCGGGAUGUGGCGUAUGUGGUGCUGUGUCCCAAUAGCCCCUCUCUGCUGUCUGCAGCCCGCACCUUCUUCCAGGACCUCAGUUCUGUUUAUGAGACGUGCCGUCUAGGGAAGCACCGGCCUCUGGCCAAGGUGUCCGGGGACGGCCUCGUGCGCGUGGGAGAAGAAGUGGAACAAGAGAAACUGGAGGAGCUGGAUGUGGACCAGUGGGUGACCGGACCCUGGGCCGGACAGCAGCACGCCGACAACCUCAGCAAACUUAAACUCUACGCUUAUGCCUGCAAGCAGCAGCUUGGUCCCCAGCUGUCGGCCCUUUCAUUGGACAGCAGUCUUCUGCUGCCUCCCAAAGUUCAGCCUCCCUCGAACCCCACAUCCUCAACCCAGCCUGCCUCUUCGGGGCCGCCUCAUGCUUGGGGCCCUGAAGGUGAACAAGCUCCAGGGGCCGUGAGUUCAGGAAAUGCUUCGACCACGACUGCAGCCACCUCAAACCAGACAGGGGAGACUACCCAAGGUGCACCCUGCGACGCCAAAGGGCCCUCCAGUGCCACACCCCCAGCCAACACACCGGCAGAAAACCCUGAACUCACUGCUGAGCAGUCUAGCAUCGGCAUCCCCACUGUGGCCGAAUCAAUGGACAGCCUCGCCAACCCACCAGCUAUUGUUAUUUACAUAGUGGACGCUUUUCUUAGCUCAAGUGGAGCGAGAAAUGAAGUGGGAGAGGAAGAAGAGGGUGACGAAGUGGAGGCCAGUAGCAUUUGGCUCCUAGGGCUACUUCGCUGCUACACAGAGAUGCUACAGACCCUGCCUGAGACCAUGAGACCUGCACUGGUGCUACAGGUGGUGCCGUGCCAGUACCUUCUCCAGCCGGCCAGCGGGGAGAGCCAUUUCUACCUGCAGCAUCUGCGCUCCCUGUCCUUCUCCUGCUACUCCCAAUGCAGACGUUUGAUGCCCCGACACACACACAUCAAGUCCCUGACUGGCUUCGGUCCAGUGUCAACUGUUAACGAUGUACUUAAGAGUCCAGAGCAUCCCAGCCCACUGCAGCUGUACACUCCCCCCUUCAUCCUUGGUCCAACUCGUUCCAAGCAGCCAGAACCAGGGGAGGUAUGGGCAGAGCUCCCUCCCAAAUACAAUGUGCUCUUUGUUGGAUACUGCCUGUCACAUGACCAGCGCUGGAUCCUUGUGUCGUGCACGGACCAGCAGGGGGAGCUCCUGGAGACCAGUAUUAUCAACAUUGAUGUACCCAACAGAGCGCGACGUCCUCAGGUUUCCGCCAGGAAGAUGGGACUGCAGAAGCUGUGGGAAUGGUGUAUUGGCAUCAUCCAGAUGACCUCACUGCCAUGGAGGAUCGUGAUCGGUCGAUUGGGCAGGCUGGGGCACGGAGAGCUGAAAGACUGGAGCUCCCUCCUCGGGGAGCAUUCCCUCCAUUCAAUAGGGCGCCAGCUGAAGGAGGCUUGUCGAAUGUGCGGCAUCUCAGCUGCUGACUCCCCCAGUAUCCUCAGUGCCUGCCUGGUCGCCAUGGAGCCACAGGGCUCCUUUGUGAUCAUGCCUGAUGCAGUCACCAUGGGCUCAGUGUUCGGACGCAGCACUGCUCUAAACCUGCAGACCUCGCAGCUGAACACACCUCAGGACGCUUCCUGUACGCACAUUCUCGUCUUCCCAACUUCUGCCACCACCCAGCUGGCCCCCAGCUCCUACCCUACUGAGGACAAUAAUGACGACAUGUUCGAUCUGCCCUUUCCUGAUGAACUGGAGAACGACAUUGGCCACGACAUGAUGCUCAUCACAGGCAACCUCCACCCGUCCCCCAACACCUCUCCUGUGGCCUCACCAGGCUCUCCGUCCGGGAUGGGAAUGGGUUCACAUUUCCAGCACACCAAGAACCAGGGCGAGCGCUUGCUGUCCAGGGACAGUCCACCAGAAGAGCUGAAGCAGCAGCCUCUGGCUCUGGGCUACUACGUCUCCACUGCACAAGCAAACGGGCUUCCUCAUUGGUUCUGGGCCUCCUGUCCGCAGGCUGAGAGCCAGUGUCCACUCUUCCUCAAGGCCUCCCUCCACCACCACAUCUCCAUAGCUCAAACAGAUGAGUUGGUGUCCGACAAGACGAAGAGGUCCCCUCACCCCUUGGACUCAAAGACCACCUCGGAUGUGCUCAGGUUCGUAUUGGAGCAGUACAACGCCCUCUCCUGGCUGACGUGUACCCCUGCCACCCAGGACCGGCAGUCCUGCCUGCCCGUCCACCUGGCUGUACUGAUCCAAAUGUACAACGCCAUCCUGAACAUGCUUUAACGCGUGAGACUUCAAGGACGGCUCUAGGGGGCUGACGGUUACCUUCAUUUCCUCUGUGCCUACGCUUCCUCCUUCUGGUCACCAGAGAGCACCAGAGCUCUUCGGUGGCUUCGGGUCGGCAUGGAUUAAAUGGCUGAAUAAAAGACAGGGCGAGUCAGACUCUCCCAUGCCUGGAAUGUAAUUAAUAAGAAGAGAGAAAUGCUCUGAACAAUAAUGUAACUUGUGGUCCGCGACACCCUGCAAACCCAGUACAGUUUGUACCUUCACGACUGGUCCUGUGUCAGUUACGGUACUUUCUGAGGAGGAGAACAGAUGGAUCUAUCCAACUAUGCCCAUUAUUGACAUGUCACAACUACAGCUACUUUUUUGGAUAUUUACAGAGAAGCUGUUUACGAGUCUCUUACCACCUUCACCUGUGAAAAAGGACGUCUGUGCAGGGCCACAUAACUCCAUACUGUACAACCAGCAAAGUGGCAUGACUACACGAACACAUGGCUUUGUUACAUCAAUGAUGCUUUUACAUUUUUGUAUAGAACUGCACUGUUGAGCUUCUUGGGACUUGCAGUCGGUCGAUGAAACUUCUACUUUUACUCUGAAAGGGGCACUUUUUCUUCACCUUCCAAAGUGUUGUUGAUAUCAACACAUUGGAAAAUAUUUGACCAGUUAAGACAGAAGUGUUGUUUAUAAUGUAGGACAUACAUUUGCAAAGAAUUGAAACUUAUUUUUAAUAUUUAAAACAAGAAAAGGAGAAACUUAAACAAGGCCUUUUUCCCAAUUGACUGUUAAUUGUCUUGGGAUCUGAAAAAAAAAAAAUAACGUCAUUUUAAUGCAAUUGUAAAGAUGCCAUAUUUAUACAAAUUAUAUCAUGUCAUAGAAUUUGAUAUAAAUAUAUAAAUAUAUAUAUAUGAAUAUACAUAUAUAUAUAUAUAUUACCUCUUCCAAGCAGGCACUUAAUGAUAAAGAUGAUGGACACAACCAUCUCUUUAGAAGUGGACACAGUCUGAACAUUUAUCUUUUUUUAAACUUUUUUUUAAAUUUACUUUCUACAGAUACUGAACAUUUUACCUUUUAUUUAAUGAGUUUAAAUUAAACUAAUUGAUGCAGGAGAUACAGUAUACUCUAUAUUUAUAAAGUGUUCCUCCUCUGCUAAAAAAAACUUGAAACAGGCAGUAGAAGACCAUGGUAUUUGAACAUUGCAAGGUUAUUAAAUAUUUAAGAACGAUGCUUUAUUUGAUUGGCUCUCCCAAAUGAUGUCAAGCAAACCAACAGAAAGGCCUGUCUCUUCAUCUUCACCCAGUCUGCUCUUUGUUAGAUUUCUAGCAUGUUUGUAUAUACACUUUUCAGCUGUGUUUUUUGAAAUUUUCUUAAAGCUGUACAUUUCAUGCUGGUUGGUUUAUUUUCAAGUGAUUCAUAUCAAAGUUUUUUUUUUUGCUGAGCUUUUUUGAUAUACAGUAUACAGUACAAAAGUCAUUUAAUAACAGCCAAGAGGUUGAAUUGCCAAGUAAGUGUACACAAAUGUACAGACGAGGGCAAGUUUGCAAAAAAAUGUUACAUCUGUCAUCACUUUGAAUAUCAAACAGAUCCAGAUCUGUUACUUUUACACUCUUUUUUAGUAAAUUAUUAAAACUCCUGAAAAUGA